AUGCAGGGAACAAGCAUGGCAUCGUUUUCGCAGACGCCCAGAAUCUCGGGAUCGGUCAUUCCUACUCCGCCUACGCCUGGCACGGCACAACCGCGGAUUAGCCACAUCCGCGGGCGCAAACGGAAGCAAGGGGCGCUCACAUGCGAGCAAAGUCAACAGCAGCAAGGAGCAGCCUGUGCGGGAGUCGGGCAAGACUGCGAGCGUCAACAUGCCACGAACGCUUCCUUUUGCAAUCGCAACGGCCAGCCAAUCGCGGCAUCGACGAGCCAACCGAAUGCACAAACUUUCGCUGGAUGGAGCGGCGCGGACGACGUCGGAUGGUUUACGCCGAGUGGUGCGGCCCCGAUGGGUCAGAGCACCAUGGCAGGGGACCAGAAGCACGAUACCACAGGGACAUUCCAAAAGGCCGCGAAUCCACCUCCACAUACGCCACCGCCACGCGCUACCGGCCCUGCCGCCCCCGCUGAAGCUGCCGGAGCAUUGGGCACAGCCUCGGCCGCGCAGCGCGCGUCUACCUUCACCGCUGCGGGUCCCUGCACUCCUCGUCGCUCCGUGUCGCUCAGGUCCGUGCAACCCUGCACUCCGCGCGACGCCAUCAGCGACAGCGUCGCCUCGCCCGUCCACGUGCCGCCGUCGCCCCUCGCUACCCCCGCCCCCGUGACGCCCACCGUCGCCUCCCAUUCCGCCUCCGUCGCAGCGCCAGAAGCUUUGGCGGAGAAGAUCGGUGCUGCAAUGGGUGGUGGUGUGGCGGAGAAAGUGGUUUUCCAGGCGACUCAGACGGCCGCGGCCGCGGGUGCUGACGUGGGGGCGCGAGGCAAGGGGAGGAAGCGAAACGGGAAGUCGAGGCGUGCGACGGAGAAGAGAAUCCAAGAGGAGUGCGCGGAUGACGAGAAAAACGGCGCCGCAGCUGAAGCAGCGAAGAUAGCACGGUCAUCGGGCUCCGCCCCGCUGCGGCAGCCUCGCUCCGGAAAGGACGGCGGAGGUGGCAGCGGAAAGGCGAGCAGCAGCGGAGGCGACAGAGCGGGCGGUGGCACUCGCAGCGAUCGCGACGGCGCGAGCGAGCGCGAGUUGAAACGGCCGCGAUUCCAGGCGUGGCAGAUCGACUUCCUGGAGGAGAGCUUCCUUGCGGACUACACGCUGGAGCCCGACCGCAAGCGCGCGCUGGCGGCGGAGCUGGGCGUGCAGCCGCGGCAGGUGGCGGUGUGGUUCCAGAACCGGCGCGUGCGGUGGAAGUCGCGACAGAAGGAGGCGGACCUGGACUCGCUGAAAGGCGCGUACGACGAGCUGGAGGACGACUGCGAGUCGCUGCGCUCCGAGUACGAACUGCUCAAGGGCGACUACGAGGAGCUUCUCGCCGAGAAUUCCGGACUCUACUCCAAGGUACUAUGCGCGCCGGGUGUGCUGCAGGGUGGUGCGUCCAUGUUCAGUACUUUGGCUUCGAAUUUUCUCGGAGAAGAGAAGGACGCAGCGGGUAAUCCAGUUACUAAUCCUGCCGUUCCUUUCUCUGUCUCUAAUGUUUUUCGUUUACAGAUUCUGUUGCUCACGCGGCUGGUGGCGAUGCGGGAUCAGGGCGUGGAGCAGGCGCAGAGCGAGCAGCGAGACGGCCACUCUGGGGCCGUGGCAGGCACGGCGGAGAGGAAGGCGCGCGAGAGUCGCGCAGAGGGCGGCGCGGGCGUGGCGGGCAGCGAGUGCGAGCGGUCACCCAUGCAUAGCAGCGGCGGCAGCAAGGCCAUGCAACAGGCGCUGAGUGCGGGGAGCGCAGGGAGGGUGGAGUGGGAGAAGCAAGCAUGGAAUGAAGAUGACGGCAAGGACGAGCGGGAGACUGGACGGAGCGGCACCCGUGCUGCCACCAACACUGCAAGCACGGGCAUACGGACCAGGGAGGGUGGGAUGCGCAGAGGUACGACACUAUCCCCUCUUGUGCUUCCUCCGAGCGCCAUGGACCUGCCCCUGCCGAGCCCGCUAUCUGCUCUUCCUGCGGCGUUCCAUGCAGACGCAGCAACCACACAGUCUGACGCCGCAGGCUUUGAGCCGGUCAGUGGAGGGAAGGACAUCACCGGCCAUGGCAUGCAGGCUGACAGCCCCCCCAGUGGCGGUGUUGCGGUGCUGUGCGCGGACUUUCUCCCAGCUACACAGCACUCUGGUGAGCAAGCUGCAGGCAUGGCGGCAUUGUCACGGCAAGGCACACUGCCCAUGGGCAUGGAGGGCACGUUCGACGCCUUCACAUCGCUCCUCACCGCUCCCGAUGAACUCGCCUGCGAGCCCUACUGGCCUCAUGCUGCCAGUCCAGGCACUCAUACUGCCCAUCCUGAUCCAUCGCCUCCUUCCGCUCACGCUCAAGGUGUUGGGCCUGCUGGGGCUGCUGGGCCUGCUGGAUCAUUCACUCCUUUGGCACCAGCACCUGCUGGAGAGGGUGAUAUGGCGCAGGCGUUUUACCCAGCAGCCGGCAAUUUACAGAUUGAAGAGAGGAUCGGGGCGCAGCAGUGGGAGGGAGCACCUGCGCAGGAGGCCCCAUUGAUGGACAAUGGUGAAUCACGGAAAGCGGGAGAUGGAGUUGCAUUGACAAUCAGCGACCCAGCUCUCCAUGCAGACCCCAACGUCCACCUAACUUCACCAUCUCUUCCUUCACCUCUGUCAGCAUCAACACCUUUAGCCUACUUGCCCGAGCCUGAGCCUUUUUCGCUGCCCGCUUUGCCAGCAGCUGCCACCUCGCAGGCGUUCCAAGCCACAAUAGCCAUGCCUUUCACCAAUGGCGAACCUGGCAGCCCAAGCCGUGGCAUGCUGGCAAUGGCUGCCGCUUAUGCUUCCCCCACUCGAGACAUCCCAGCUUCAGAGGGCCAUCACCACGACCUGCAGCUGCCCCACAGCAUGCCAUCUGGUGACGGUUCAGCUCGUAAAGGUACUGGUAUAGCUGCCUUUUCUCCUUGCACGGGCACACAGGGUAGUGGGAGCAUGGCGUACCUGCCGUUGGGGAUGCACGAUGAUGUGCUUACACCCGUGGACAUGCUUCCCCAUACCCGUUACACAAGCAAUUCCGAGGCGGAAGGCGCUGGGCCGUCUCAAUGGCACCAAUCUUUCAACAGUCAAGGCAUACCACCAAUAAACCCCGUGAACGCCCACGGUGGGCCAUAUUUACCUGCUGUUAUGAGCAAGCAGCAACAGCAACAGGAGGAGGCGGGGACUGAAAUCCACUGCAGAGAUGCAGCCAUGCAACCAUUGGCUAAAGGCCAGAUGUGGGAGGCAAUCGGACGUGCAUCAAACUGCACCCCUUCAGUUGAAACCGUCCACAAGAACAACGCUGGUAUGAUGGAGGGGGGUCAUGAGCAGAUAAUCCCACCAGCAACUGUGCAGAUUAUAGGUAGAGAAGAAGGCAAUGGCUUCAGGGAGGGGAUGGGUGAAGAGAUGAUGUUGAACAAUUG